AUGAAUUCAAAUAUGAUUACGAGACAUGCUAGGGCGUUCCCUUUAAGCGACGCGUUGUGCCUGCCUUCGGGUGCUUCAAAAAAUGAGCAAGAGGCGCCAUACCGGCGCUCGGGUGUGGUGAUAAGUGAGCAAGGGUUCUCAUGCGUGCCUGGACGAGUGCGAGUAAAGAAGCUAGCCCAGGACUAUAGAAUUCGUUUAGUAAUUUGGAAUAUAGGGACAUUAACGGGCAAGACUAAAGAGCUAGUUGACACCAUGCUUAGGACGAGGAUUAGUAUAGCUUGCUUUCAGGAGACUAAGUUGGUAGGGGAGAAAGCUAGGGAGUUAGAGGACACAGGUUAUAAGCUUUACUAUACGGGUAAGGAUAAACAUAGAAAUGUGGUAGGCUUGGAUGAUCUUAUUAAAAAGCAAUUCUGGGAGCAAAUGGAUGACGUGGUUCAAGGGAUACCUUUUGAGGAGAAGCUAUUUAUAGGAGGCGAUUUCAAUGGUCAUGUGGGAGUGCAUAAGCAAGGGUAUGAGAAGGUAUAUGGUGGCUUGGAUUUGGUGACCUUAAUGAAGGUAGAAUGA